AUGCAAUUGGCCGCCGCGGCCAGCUGGUCUUUCAUGGAAUUGACCGAGAAACACUUUCAAACGAGGUUGAGCUCCAUCAUUCCCCAGAACAUCUACCCGAGGACGUUCGAGUAUCAGGACUCGUGGCUGCCGGGGGCAACUACAACUACGACAACACCUUCAACUACUUUGUCAACCACCACCAACCCGCCAACAACAACAACACCAACAACUACGACUACCACGACUUCAGCAACAAGUACUGCCAAAACAUCUCCCCCACCGCCCGGCCAUUCUGAUGAACAUGGUGGUGAUGAUGAUGAUUCGGAACUCUCGUUCGUGGAGAUCAUCUUCGGUGUCUGUGUGGGUAUACUGCUCUGUGUCGCGUUGACGGCCGGCAUUUGGAUGAUUUUUUGGAAGAGCGGAAGGGAGGAGCCCCGAUCCGUCUCGUUGGACCCUGCCUCAGUCUCGGUCCAGUCUCAAUCCGUGUCGAUCAGUGGUGAAGUAUCCCAAACAUCUCAACGCUCUACGGCCAGUCAACAGACAUCACAAAGACCAUCGAUGAGUAGUGGAAGGAAUCCCUCU